AUUGAAGCGCGGAGGGCGGUUUGGGGGGUGUGUUCCUGUUCUCUGUCUCUGAGGGGAGCGGGCUCUGCUCCCCGCGGUGUCGGUGUAGGGGGUUCCUCAGGGCUUUCUCCUUCCUUGGUCCCCCCGGGCUGCGGGCCGCUGUGCUCCCGAGGGGCCUCCCCCGGCUCCGCGGCGUGUCAGCGGCCUCUGCCUUGGGUUGUGCUUCGGGGGAGCUGCCUGGCCCCCCGGGGUGCAUCGCCGCCGAAGGAGCCCCCCGCGUCUCUGGCUCUGCUUGUGGGCUGUCCAGCCUUCCUUCUGCCUCUCUCUGGGGUGGAAAAGUAGGUAGGGAAAAUUUCUUGCUGAGUGUUAGUAGAGCCUUCGGCUGGUGAGAGGAGAACGUAAAAGGAGUGAAUGCUGGUACAUGAUAUAGCUAUAAGCGGAAAGCUGAGAAACUGCUCUCUGUCUUGAGAUGGAAGAACCGGUAUUUGAUAAAUUGACAUCAUCUUUGUGCAAUACUCCAAAGGAUUCUGGGACAGCAGCUCCACAGGGGACUAGUUCAGGGAAACAGCCACUGAGUGCAGCUCUGAGGGAAAGAUUAAGGAAAACAAGACGUUCAUUUAAUGCCAAUUUUACAGUGGCAAAGAGGCUUAAAAUAGACACUGAAGAAAAAGACAGUGCUGGUGCUGACAAAGUGUGCCUGCCAAAGACAAGUACAGAUUGUUCUAGAUUACAAGAUGGUUCUGAAAACCUGGAAAGAAAUGGCACUGGACAUACAUGUGUCAAAAGUUCCUUACAGGAGAAUGAUCUCUGUGGAUCAGCAGAGAAUUCUCGUGAGCUACAGGCUGAUCUUAGUCAGGAACAGCCCCUUGAAGAAAAAGUAAGGCUGGUGAAACAAGUGCAAGAGAAGGAAGAACUACUUCGAAGGCUCAAGCUGGUUAAGAGGUACCGAUCCAAGAACAACCUGUCUGAACUGCAGGCCUUGAUAGUGAAAUGGAGAAGUAGUACCCAGCUGAUGCUAUACGAACUACAGUCAGCCUUUUCUGCAGACGGCAAGAAAGUGAGUCUCACUCAGCUGAUAGAUACUUUUGGAUUAGAAGACCAAUUGUUGCACUACAGCAGAACAGAAGAAGACUUUAUAGAUGUGUAAUCUACAGGUGCAAAGCUUUCAGUUCCACAUGGCACGAGCAGAAAAGACUGAAUGAAUUCUGAUCGCAUAAGAAGUAUUGAUUAGGCGGUGGACUUGGACUUUACGCUUUGAGGUUAAGAGGUUUUCUCAGGAAAUACUAGUAAAGCCAUGUACUUAGAUACAGUAGGCACUGUAAAAGGCAUUACUUCAUGGAAAAGGUGGAACUCAUGCUGUUUUGGAAAACCUGGCUUGAAAACUUGAUCAAUAAUAGUUAUUUAACAACAAUAAAAUUGAAUCAAGUCAUACUUUAACAGGUAGAAGGCAGUCGGUUCUUUGAUUAGUCUUCGCAUGGUUACUUGUCUUGAAAUAAUGAACUCAAAUUAAUUGUCACUUCUGCUGUUCAGAUGGGGAAGAGUUCAGUUCUUUGUCCAUAGAUACAUCCCCCCUUUUACAAAUGUCUUCCUGCUGCCAGUCAGUUAAUGACAGCAUUUGGUGAGUUAAGUGAUUUUUUUCAUGUUGUUAAUAUUCUGAAGCUGCACUGAAAUGUUCUCAACAGAAUUAAUUAUUACUGAGGGAAGUGUGCCAUAACGCACUUGUUUUCAGAUUCUGGGCCAGACAGUUGUCUUCAGGGAAGCUCUCUCUUAAGCAUUCUGCCACAACCUGAGACAAUAGAAGGGAAGGCAAGAAAAUGGCAACCAUCUGUCUACUCUACUACUUCCUGUGAGAGCCAAGGUGUUUUCUGUCUUCAAAUAAUUAAGAAACAUAAGGCCUUGUCUAAGGCAAGUGCUUCAAAUACAGCAUCAUAAAGCUGAAUAGAACUUCAGUACUUCAUUUAUCCUCCAAUAAAUGCUGUCUUUGUAAAAUGUUUUUUUAAUCUUAACUUGAAAUUUAUUUUAUCAGGA